AUAUAUUUCGUUUCAUAAUAAUAAGGGGGAGAGAUGUGGGGCCCACACAACUAUAAUAUGACGUCAUUUUCCCUUUUUUAACCCAAAGAAAGAAAGAAAAAAAAAAGUGUGCCCAGUACGACUCAGAAGGCGAGCCGAGUCUCUUCGGAUUCCCUCUAUAAAUACGGGCCCCUUCAUUUUCGCGUUCUUUUACUUAAAUUUAUACUGUUCCAUUUCUCUUCACUUGAAUCUCCAAAUGGCUGAAGAAUUUCAGGAAUCCGACGUAAUUUUCUCCGAUAGCUACCAUUGCCGUUACCUCUGCCGUGACGACGACGACUACGGCAACGAUUUCUUCAACUUCAACUCUCGCCGCGGAAUAGUUGCUGCACCGCGAAUUAAGUAUCAUCACCGAACGAUGCGCGACGGCGGCCGGCUCUCAAAGAAGGAAAUCGCGAGGUCGCUUCCAGUAAGAAUUCCGGAAAGAAUCAGCCGGAGGAUAUCGGACGAAGACGACGAGAUGGACGGAGAGGAAAUAGUUCCGCCGCACUUGGUGGCGGAGAGACGAGUUGCCGGAAAAAUGGCGUUCUCUGUUUGUACCGGCAAUGGAAGGACUCUGAAGGGACGAGAUUUGAGUAGAGUAAGGAAUUCAAUCCUUCGGAUGACCGGAUUCUUAGAAACGUGAUCGGAACGGAAAACGGACGGCGAUCGAUCUAAUAAUCUCCGAAUUUGAAACGAGAAAAAUUAAAGCGCGAUUGAGGAACGCGAAAAAGUUUCUUCUGCUCUGCUUUUAUUCAAGGAAAUUAAUUAAUAAUGGAUUAUUAAAAAUUGUAUUUUCAUGAUGAAA